AUGGCAGACAAUGAGCCCAAGAAGGCGUACAGGACGCUCCCCUCGCUUUCGAUGCAAGAUAAGGUUUGUGUAGUUACUGGAGCCGCUCGAGGCUUGGGGUAUGAAUUCUGCAACGCCUUCCUUCAGUCGGGAUGCACAUCUCUUGCCGUUUUGGAUCUGAAGCACGACGAAGCUCGCGAAGUCGCCGAUGUACUCGCGAAACAGAAUGCUUUGGACGGGGGCGCGAAGAUCGAUGCCAUUGGUAUUGCCUGCGACGUCUCCUCUGAGGAGUCGGUCCAGGCAGCGUUUGCCGCUAUCAAGGAGAGAUUCGGCCGCUUGGACGCCGUUGUCGCAUCUGCUGGCAUAGUCGAGAACUACUCUGCUUUAGAGCAAGCAAAUAGGUACCCCGCUGAUCGAAUACGCAAGCUCAUGGACGUCAAUGUGCAUGGCGCCUUCUUUACAGCCCGCGAGGCUGCGAAGAUCAUGAUCCCUCAAGGUUCAGGAUCCAUCGUCCUGAUAUCCAGCAUGAGUGCCAAUAUCGUGAACAUUCCUCAACAGCAGACGCCAUAUAACUUCUCAAAGGCUGCGGUCAAGCAUAUGGCGUCGAGUCUAGCAAUAGAAUGGGCCAAGACUGGCGUCCGAGUCAAUGCCCUGAGCCCCGGAUACAUGCUUACCAAACUGACCAGGACAAUUCUUGCGAACGAUUCGCAGCUUAAGGAAACCUGGGAGAAUUUGACGCCCGUUGGUCGGAUGGGUGAUCCCGAGGAUUUGGCGGGAGCCAUCGUGUAUCUGUGCAGCGACGCUAGUAAAUUUAUGACUGGAGCUGAACUUCGAGUAGACGGAGGCUAUUGUGCUAUAUAA